UUGAAAAUUAACAAAGUGACAAAACGUAAUUUACAAAGCUCUUCAGUUAAUGCUUCCUUAAAUUAUUUAUCAAUAUGAGAAACAGUGGUAUAAUUUUAUUCAUGUGUGCAGGUCUGCUACUGAGCGGCGGAGCGAUCCUGGGCGGCUCGACGGCGUGGAGCCUGCUGCGCAUGUCGUACUACUUCUGGACCUCGGACCUGGCCGUGGAGCUGGCGUCGACCGUAGCGUUCGUGGCGGGCGCACUGCUGUGCCUGCCGGUGUGCUGGCUGGCGACGCUAGUGCCUUACCAUCCGCGGUCGCAACCGCUAUUCGCUACGCUGCUGUGUGUGGCAAUGACGGCGAUGCUGUUGCUGACGGUGGGACAGUGCUCGCUAGGCGGGCUGGCGCGCGCGCUGCGUGAGCCCGCCGCGCUCAACGCCAGCAUGCACCGCGCCAUGAGCCUCCAGGCCGUCGACCCCGCUAUGCGGACCUCCUUCGCCGCGAUGCAGCUGGAGCUGCGAUGCUGCGGAGUGCAGGACCACUCCGACUGGUACAAGCACCGCCGUGCUCUGCCGCCGUCCUGCUGCGGACGCAUAAGCAAUUUUAAGCGCGAGUCUUCGUGCGAAGCGUCGCAGCUGCCGUCCCCGCAGACGGGCUGCCUCCGGCUCGCGAAGGUAGAGCUGCGCAACUACGCAAGUGCCCUCUCUGCGCUUUCCUCUGCCAUCAUCAUGAUUUUGGCGGUAACGGUGUUCACGGCGGCGUACACCUUGGCGUCGGGCGUGGUGGAGCGCCAGAAGUCGACGCUGCGGGUAGCGUACCUUACGCCGCCGCCCGCUUUGCUUGCCUGCUACCCGCCCAAUCUUCCCCCGCCCGCCCCGACAAUGCCCUAACAUGUACCGCACCGUUUUGUCUGCAGGUCUGCACCAUGUUAGUGUGUAGCUGCUCUGUGUAUACUCUGUAUUUAAGGCUGCGGGGAAUUUUAUGUACAUUUUUGUACUGUAGUUACUAUAAAAAAGAUAAUCGCUUUUAUUAACCGUCUAUUACAAAUGUAAUUACCUGUUUAAUGUAUCAAAAUUAAAUAAAUUUCAUCGUUGUUAUUUACAAUAAAUUAAAAGCCUGCAAAUAA